CUGGUCUCAAACUCCUGACCUCAGGUGAUCGGCCCGCCUCGGCUUCCCACAGUGCUGGGAUUACAGGCGCGAACCACCGCACACGGCCGAGACAGGGUGUUUGUCCCACACGGCGUCCGAGUCUGUCUCCCUGUGCUGUCAUCAGCCUGUCCCUAGGCUGAGGAGUGCUGGAGCCUUCCAGGGGCUGUUCGGGGUUUUGGAGAGAGACUCUUGUGGGAGGGGCUGGCCGCUUCCUGCUCAGCGCCACGCGAUGCUCUUGUCCCAACCUUAGAUCUGUUUAUGGAGCCCCUGAGGGAUAUGUGUGGAAGGGUGCGCGUGCCUGUGUGCAAGCACGUCUGUGUAUGCAUUUAUGCAUGCAUACGUGUUCACGUUAUGUCAGUCGAGACUGUCCUGUUAACACAUGGAUAAAACCAGGCCUAGACACUAUGUCUCUGGCCUGUGGCAGCCAAAUUAGAGCUAGCCAGUUCAGGUUUGAGCCCAGUUGCCUGCUGGUGAGAAGCUCAAAAUCAUGGAGCACAGUAAGGCAGGCUUUGAGUUCAGCAAAUAAAGCGUUUGUGUUGGUUUUGCUUCAUGUGCUCUUUUGCAUUAGUCUUCAGUUCUCAGCUUUGUACCUGUAGAAGGGGAAAAGGCCUUACGUCUUACAGGCCUGGGGCCCUCGGCCUCCUGCUCCCCCCUUGCUUCAGGCCACACAGGAUCUCAUUCUGGUAUUCAUCCAGCAGACGUUGCUGAGCCCUGGCUGGGCACUGACUCACCAGGGUCUCCCAGCCUCGCAGGUGGAAGGGCCUGCCUGGUGCUGCCCUGCAGGUGCUGUGAGGGUCCAGAGCUAUCAGCCCCUGGUAGGGGGAGAUUGGGGGGCAAGGGCCCACUGGGGCCUCUGUUAUGGGGAACCAUCCUGGCCUGAGAGGCACCAGGUGGAUGAGGUGGGGUGACUCUUGUGGCCGUGUCCUCUCUGGGUGUGGCUUCAGGCAGGCGCUGGUCGACCACUACAGCAAGCUCUCUGCAGAGGCAGCUCGUCGGGAGCAGAAGGCGCUGUGGAGAAUCCAGAGGCACCGACUGGAGGGUGCACGGCUUCGUUUUCUCUUAGAAGAUGAGAAACACAUUCAGGAGAUGCUGAAAGCAAUGUCUGAGGCUCACCAGCCCCAGGAGCCGCCAGACGUCCUCUUGAGCGUGCACCCCCAGGUCACAUCUCUGGGCCCUGAGCACCAAGAGGGAGACCAAGGCUGUGAUGCUGGGCCUGCGGAGGAUGGCCGGAACAGGCCAGGCCUGCUGACCCCACAGUCCCUUAAGCCUCUAGCAAUGGGGGCUGGUGGCACAGGGCUGCAGCAGGCGGAGGAGGCUGGACCCUUCUCUGACAGCCUCAGCAUUGGAGACUUCCUACCUGUGGGCCCAGGGGCUGAGCAGUCCGUGCAGACUGGCAUGGUUCCUCUCCUGGAGGCGGCGCUGCAGACCAUCAACUUGGACCUGCCCCCCUCAGCUCCUGGGGAGGCACCCGCAGCAGCCAGCACUCAGCCUUCCAGGCCACAGGAGUACGACUUUAGUACUGUCCUGAGGCCAGCUGUGGCCGCUUCACCUGCACCAGGAACCCUGAAGGCUGCAGAGUGCAACUUGGGCAGCUUAGGGCCACAGCUGUGGGAGGACAGUUGUGGGAAGCUGGAUGCCUGUGGCUCCACCUUGCAGGUGGCUCUGUCCCCCUCACACCCACCCAGGCGUGCCGCUCUGAAGGAGGGGAGCAGCCAGCCCACGGAGCAGCUCUUCGGGCACGAGUCAGGAGGUGGUCUUCCCACAGGGGGCUGUGCUUCUGAAAUAGCUCUCACCCGGCCACAGUGGAACAUCCACAGAUACGUGUCUGACACCAGCAUCAGGGUCGGGGAGAACGUGUCACAAGUGGCUCCCACCCGGCCACGGUGGAACACCCAUGGACACGUGUCCGAUGCGAGCAUCAGCUUGGGGGAGUCUGUGUCACAGGUGGCUCCCACUCGGCCACGAUGGAACAUCCACGGGCACGUGUCUGACGCCAGCAUCAGGGUCGGGGAGAACGUGUCGGACGUGGCUCCCACCCGGCCACGGUGGAACGCCCAUGGACACGUGUCUGACGCCAGCAUCAGCUUGGGGGAGCCUGUGUCGGACGUGGUUUCCACCCGGCCACGGUGGAACACCCGUGCACCUGCCCCUCCGCCCCACAUGAUGCUGGGGGCUGUCUCGCCAGAAGCUGAGCCCAACACACCCGGGCCCCAACAGAGCCCCCCUGGCCACACGUCCCAGUCAGUGCUCAGCCCGGGAGCACAGAGCACUGUGCUGGACUGUGGGCCACAGCUGCCUGUAGAACUGGGGCCAUCUCUGUCCUCCCCCAGCUCAGGCUGUAUCAGCAUCGGGGAGAACGUGUCGGACAUGGCUCCCACCCGGCCAUGGUCGCCCAACACCCCGGGAGACAGUGUCUCUGAAGAACUAGGCCCUGGGAGGAGCGGGGACACUGAGGAGCCUCUGAACUCACAGGAAAACGCAGCUGCCCAGAGCAGCCUAGGCCCUGGUGAGGAGGCGGCAGUGGCGGCGGAGGCUCAGGGCGGUGAGCACGCCUACCUGGCAGGCCUGGCAGGGCAGUACCACUUGGAGCGGUACCCGGACAGCUACGAGUCCAUGUUAUGUGCUCCAUCUCCUGCAGCUGAGCCGCCCAUCGCUCACCUUUUGCGCCCCGUGCUUCCCCGGGCCUUUGCCUUUCCCGUGGACCCCCAGGUCCAGUCAGCCGCGGAUGAGACUGCUGUGCAGCUGAGCGAGUUGCUGACGCUGCCCGUGCUCAUGAAGCACUCCAUCACGGCACCAUUGGCCGCCCACAUCUCCUUGGUGAACAAGGCUGCCGUCGACUACUUCUUCGUGGAGCUGCACCUGGAGGCACACUACGAGGCCCUGCGGCACUUCCUGCUGAUGGAGGACGGCGAGUUCGCCCAGUCCCUCAGCGACCUGCUCUUUGAGAAGCUUGGGGCCGGGCAGACACCCGGGGAGCUGCUCAACCCACUGGUGCUGAACUCUGUGCUGAGCAAGGCCCUGCAGUGCAGCCUUCAUGGGGACACCCCGCACGCCUCCAACCUCUCCCUCGCCCUCAAGUACCUGCCUGAGGUGUUUGCCCCCAACGCCCCAGAUGUGCUGAGCUGCCUGGAGCUCAGGUACAAGGUGGACUGGCCACUCAACGUUGUCAUCACUGAGAGCUGCCUGAGCAAGUACAGUGGCGUCUUCUCCUUCCUGCUGCAGCUGAAGCUCAUGAUGUGGGCGCUCAAGGAUAUCUGCUUCCACCUCAAGCGCACAGCCCUGCUGAGCCACAUGGCCAGCUCCGUGCAGUUCCGUCAGCUGCAGCUGUUCAAGCAUGAAAUGCAGCACUUUGUGAAGGUCAUCCAGGGCUACAUCGCCAACCAGAUCCUGCACGUCACCUGGUGCGAGUUCAGGGCCAGGCUGGCCACCGUGGGCGACCUGGAGGAGAUCCAGCGUGCACACGCAGAGUACCUGCACAAGGCCGUCUUCAGGGGCCUGCUCACGGAGAAGGCGGCGCCCGUCAUGAACGUCAUCCACAGCAUCUUCAGCCUCGUGCUCAAAUUCCGCAGCCAGCUCAUUUCCCAAGCCUGGGGCCCUGCUGGGGGUCCGCGGGGUGCAGAGCACCCCAACUUUGCACUCAUGCAGCAGUCCUACAACACCUUCAAGUACUACUCUCACUUUCUCUUCAAAGUGGUGACCAAGCUGGUGAACCGCGGCUACCAGCCCCACCUGGAGGACUUUCUGCUGCGUAUCAACUUCAACAACUACUACCAGGACACCUGAGGCUGCUCUGUACCUGAGGCUGCUCUGCGGGGGACAUGCACAAUAAAGGUGUCCUCAGAUCCUG